UGCUCUAUCGCAGUUGGCGAGUGACAUGAGCGGCCAUUUGUUUCCGGCAGGCCUGUUAGGUGGGGUGGGCAAGGGCUUGCCUGUAAAUGGUUGCUUUGUCGAAGCUACGAUCUCCACCCUGCUAUCUCCGGCGACAGGGAAUUGUCAGUGCUUUUUGAAAUGGCGGUUGAUUUACAUAAAACAACUGGGGCUGAACCCUACUUGGAAAUCAAAGGAUCGGAUGCAAGUGAUCCCCAUCAGGUGGCCACACCUGGGUAUCAAUGGGUUCAAAAGCUCAACCAAAGUUUACCCAAAUAACAAUGAAACUGUUUAUUUAACCAAACCCACCCAUCUUUCUCAAACUCUGCUUUCACCGAUUUCCACACCCUCUCAUGCUGCUACACAAACCUCUCCUAAACCACUUCCGAAAUCCCAAACCUUUUCUUCUUCUUCAAACCCACAACCAUCUACUUCUGUCACUAACUCACAACCAAGAACACCAACGCUUGAAACCACAACGGACACGACCUCACAAAAAAGAUCAAGCAAUAGAAGUAAAAAAUAAAACCAGUCGAAAGCAAACUAUUUGUCCCAUUUGUGACAUAGUGUAUGGGUGCCCUGAGGACAAUAACGCAAAGUGGAUUGGAUGUGACUUUAAAAAAUCCCUGUGCAAUUAUUGGGUGCAUUGUGAAUGCAUCGGCAUUUACGUAAGGGAAGUUUGAGAUUUGAAAAACAUCACCUGUCUGUGAUCAGAGCACAACAAAAUUUA